AACAAUAAUAAAGCAAGUGAGAAAUAUACAUCGUAGCUUUUGCAUUUUCAAAAUAUCUCCUCUGUAAACGGCAGCGUUUUAAGAUUCCUGAUGCAAGAGAGUGACUCAUCGCGACGGUCGUCGGGGUCUCUGACGGAUCGGGUGAAGAGGAACUGUUUAUCCAUGGCAGUCACGUUUCAGGAAGGUUUUAGCUACGUCAAAGCCUUUUUUGUCGGCCAGACAAAGAGGUUGACGGCGAAGAACGAGAGAGAAGCUACAGAGGCUCAUCUAACAGAGACAAAAAUGCAAGUUGAAGCAACGGAUGAAGCAGAAAACGCCAAGAAGAGACUUCAUCAACAACCUUCUUAAUGUUUUUAGUUAUUAUAUGUGUGUUAAUUUUCUUAAAACUAAUUAUAAUGUGUACUUAAUAUAUUGAUUACAUUUGAAUCCUUUUUUUCGAAAAAAUGUUAAAUGGAGAAUACUACGUGGUUUACUCGCACGAAUAAAAGAA